AUGCGGCAACGUAUACAACUGACUGAAGCCCACUUGAAGGCAUUGGAGGAAGUAAAAUCGAAUGGCAAUGUGAUUGUUCUAUGUCCGGAUAAAGGAUCCGGUAUUGUUGUGACGGAUAAAGUUUGUUAUAAAGAAAAAAUGCUCUCUAUUUUGAAAGAUGAAAGAGAAUUCGGAGUGGGUAAGAUAAAGAAUGAUCCGCAAAAACUGGAGAAAAAAAUCAGUAUGGAACUGAAAACUUUGUUGCAAGUGGGACUGAUUCGAGAAUCCACAGUAAAACAAUUACGACCGUUAGGAAGUCAAAUGCCACAGAUUUACGGUUUGCCAAAGCUACACGAAGAAGGUAUUCCAUUGCAACCCAUGAUGUCUAUGUGCAACUUGCCACAACACAAAUUAGACAAAAGGGGUUAG